UGGUACAGGCAGGCCCUUCCUUUCCUAGUUAGGUUCUGACAGCUCCGAGGCAGUGGUUUAUACAACCAAGGCGAAACUCGUCUGGGAUCCACCCGAUUCCUCCCCUCAUUGAUAUUCAGGAGGCAGCUCUCCUUCCCCUGCCUUCAGUGCAAGUUUGCUGAGCCUUUGUUUCAUCUGUGAAUAGUUCUUGCUGGUAGUCCCUCGCCCAGAGACCAGUGCUCCCAGCAGCCGUGGAGGGGGAGAUAAAGAACUGGUGACAGGUGGCUGUACACUCAGCACAGCGGUGGUGUCCCUGAGUGCCAUGACCCAGGAGCCAUUCAGAGAGGAGCUGGCCUAUGACCGGAUGCCCACGCUGGAGCGGGGACGGCAAGACCCCACCAGCUACGCCCCGGAUGCGAAGCCAAACGACCUGCAGCUGUCGAAGAGACUGCCCCCCUGCUUCAGCCACAAGAUGUGGGUCUUCUCCGUGUUGAUGGGGAGCUGCCUCCUCGUGACCUCGGGGUUUUCGCUGUACCUGGGGAAUGUGUUCCCUGCCGAGAUGGAUUACUUGCGCUGCGCUGCAGGCUCUUGUAUCCCCUCGGCAAUUGUGAGCUUCACUGUCUCCAGGAGGAACGCCAACGUGAUUCCCAACUUUCAGAUAUUGUUUGUUUCCACAUUUGCUGUGACCACGACGUGUUUAAUUUGGUUUGGAUGCAAACUAGUCCUGAACCCAUCCGCAAUAAACAUCAACUUCAACCUCAUCCUGCUGCUCCUGCUGGAGCUGCUCAUGGCGGCCACGGUGAUCAUCUCCGCACGGUCCAGCGAGGAGUACUGCAAGAAGCAGAAGAAGGUCUCCAUGGCUGACAGCACCAACAUUUUGGAAGAAGUGCCGUUUCCCGCUCGGGUCCUCAAAUCUUACUCAGUGGUCGAGGUGAUCGCAGGCAUCUCUGCUGUCCUCGGGGGGAUCAUUGCUCUGAAUGUGGACGACUCGGUCUCCGGCCCGCACCUCUCGGUGACGUUCUUUUGGAUCCUAGUGGCGUGCUUUCCAAGUGCCAUUGCCAGUCAUGUGACAGCAGAGUGUCCUAGCAAGUGUCUGGUGGAGGUGCUGAUUGCCAUAAGCAGCCUCACAUCUCCGCUGCUGUUCACAGCCUCUGGAUAUCUGUCGUUCAGCGUCAUGAGAAUCGUGGAGAUGUUUAAAGAUUACCCGCCAGCCAUAAAACCUUCCUAUGACGUGCUCCUGCUGCUGCUGCUGCUGGUGCUUCUGCUGCAGGCCGGACUCAACACGGGCACCGCCAUCCAGUGUGUGCUCUUCAAGGUCAGCACAAGGCUGCAGGGCGCGUCCUGGGACACCCCGACCUGCCCACAGGAACACAUGGCUGGGGAGGUGUCCAGGAGCCCCCUGAAGGAGUUUGACAAGGAGAAAGCCUGGAAAGCUGCCAUGGUGCAAAUGGCCCAGUGACCCCCAGACGGGGAACUGGGCAGCAGUGCCCAGCCUGGCCCCGAGCGCAGAAAUGCAGAGCCCCUAAUCGCCCUGAGCUGCUGCCUCUAACACCUCCCUUUCCCUUGUGCAAGGGCAGACCAGGCUGCAGGUGAGGUUUUCAAUUCCUAGGGUAGUUUCAUUUUAAAAUAGGCCAACAUUGGCUAUUCUGUGCCUCAGAUCAGUCGGAUCCAAACGGCUCCCAUGUCCUAAUAGCAGGAGCGUGGCCGCAGCUUCCCAGGCCGAGGAAGGGCCCUGGUUCAGCCUCUGAGAGCCCCCCUGAGCAGACCCCAGCCUGGCUCUCUUGUAGCUUGGGCUGGAGUGGACUCUCCGACCAUGGUCUCCGAGUCUCCUGCCCACUCUGACCCAGCUUCCUCCCUCCACUCUUGGUCUAUCCCAGGCACUCAGUCAGCCCGGUGGGACCUUACCCACUUCCCUGCGAGGUGCACCUGCCCCAGGCUCAGCCUGCCCAGCAGCGCUUCCUGGACAGUGAGAGCAAGGCUGGGCGCUGCUGUCCUGGCUGGAGAGCCUCGGGGGCCGCUCCUCCAGAGCCCAGGGCCAAGUGACACAGGCUGCCUCCGCUCUCCCAGGUGAAAUCCACACCGGCUUGC